AUUGAUAGUUGCGAUCGCGAAAUCGCAACUUCCUGCCUGGAGGGACUGAAUUUAAUAUAUUCAAAAGUCAGUGUCAUACAUAUGGUUGAUUAAAUUAUUAUCACUUUAAGUAUGCGCUCUAUUUUCUAAUAUUUUCGCGUAUUCACCCAGCUGUCAGAAAGCCCUUUCUUGAGCCGAACAACGUUUGUGUCCCUCCGCAUGCAGCGCACUGCGUCAGUCACGCUCACGUGGGUCGACGGUGUUUUGAAGAAAUAACAAAUAGUAGAAAACAGAAUUAUCAUUGAGUCGACUGAAAGCCGUCCAUGGUGGAUAUAUGACUUUACUUCUAUGACCCAGAGUACACAGAGGAACUACCCUUGCAGAGAACGUCCCGCUGCCCGGCGGAGAGAGGGAAACUUUCGUUUGUUUGGGUCUCUCAACAUUCAACAUGAGAGGUCAUCUGACAGGCUCCGCUGCUCAGAAAAACGCAACAAGAGCGAAAGGUCAAGGAUUUCUGCCAGCCAGACAGCAAAGUUCCACAGGGAACCCAUCCAGCAGCAGCAGCGAGGAUGACGAGGACGUGAGCGCGGGGGACAGAGAAGGCUACAUCUGCGCUGUGUGUUUGGAUGUGUACUUCAGCCCUUACAUGUGUCAUCCAUGCAACCACAUCUUCUGUGAACCCUGUCUGAGGACACUGGCUAAGAACAGCCCCACAAACACCCCCUGCCCCCUCUGCAGAACAAUCAUCACACACGUCUUCUUCCAGAAGGAGCUUAACCAAACAGCGAGGACAUUCUUCCCAAAGGAAUACCUUUCUCGGAAACAAAAUUUCCAGAAAGCCAGUUGUGCAAAGUGGCCUCUGCCAAGCUGCAGAAAACUUUUCCGCAUCUUUGGAGGUUUCCAGAGACAGGCCAGUCCCAUCGCUCGCCGCCAGUUUCCCCAUGGAGGAAGCUACCGUAUGGAAGCUCUGGACUUUGACGACGACUCUCGAGGCUGGCACUUUGACAUGGACAUGGUCAUCAUCUACAUUUACUCAGUCAACUGGGUUAUUGGCUUCUUCAUAUUCUGCUUCCUUUGCUACCUCUUCUUCCCUUCUUUUUGACAAACAAAAUUACAACAAUACUGAUGGAGGCUGGAGACGCUGAGAGAUGAGUUUAAAGUGAGGAAUAAAAGAUGACGCAGAAGGCAGAAACAUGCACAUAUAGGGGGUUAAGGGGAAAACUGAGGUGUGGUGUAAUGAAAGACAAUGAGUGAAGUUCAAGGAGGUAGGUUGGUGUGGUGGAGGGAGAACAUCAGUGUGCCUGCUUGUUGUCUCUCAUUAAUAAAUGAUUGAAAUGGGGAAAUGGUGUGUAUAGGGGCAUGUUUGGGAAUCCAAUGUUCUCUGUUUUCUUGCUCCACUUGAUGCACAUGUAAUGUGGGUUGCACAACAUGUUCUCCUCCCGUGAAAGGCAGAGUUAACCUCCCAGAAUAUAACAUUUCAAAACAACAACAGGUUUGGCUUUUUCUCAGGAAAAUAAAGUUGAGUAAGCAAUGCUUUCACCAUAAUAUUAUGGCUGGCAAGCAAAGCAAAAGGGACAAAAACAAUGAAAAUUAGCACUUUUGGGUAGAUUUUUAAUUUUCGACAUAGAAGAUUUGCUCUUGGAUAUAGAUUGGAGAUCAUUAUUUUAUGGUUUCUCUAAUCUUUGUAUUCCAAUUGCUCACUGCAUAGCAUACCACUUCCAAAACUAUUUCAAUUGGCAGCUGAAAAACACCAUACAGUAUGUUAGGCUACAUAUUUUAUUUGUUUUACCCCAAGAAAGUGAAUAUUGUGUCUUUUUUUAAAGCAGCCCCAGGAGGGCAUUAAUGUAAAGCUGCUGUAUUUGAUAAAGUUUUGACUGAAAAGUUACAAAAAUACAAACAAUUGUAUAGUGGUUGAUUACAAGAAAUCAUGAGCUAGUGUGAAGUACGUUACUUAUUUUUUGACACAUUUCAAGUUUAUUCAUUUUGGAUACCAAGAGCUGCCAAAAGUCUUUGCUCUCAUUUCAACUAGUCUCAACAUUAUGUACAGUAUAUUGUGCACUCAAAGCACUUAUUGUUCUCAGUUUAGUAUAACUUCACAAUAAUGAUCAAGUGCAAGUGAUAAAAAGUGACAAGUUUACAGUGAGUAUCUUAAAACUUUAUGAAUUGAGGGCCCAGGUGUAGCUCAGUGGUUUAAUUACACGCCUCAUGUACCGAGGCAACAGUACUCAAAGCGGGGUUCAAAUCAAAACUGCAGUCCCUUGCUGAUAUCCCCCACUCUCACGUCCCAGUUUCUACUCCAUGCACUGUCCGAUUAUCUCAUAACAGCCAUAAAAGAAAAGAAAAAAAAACUCUAAAGUAUAUUUAAAAUUGUUUUCAAUCAUGUACAUGCAUUAUUGAACAAGCAACUCAUAAUUGACUCAUUGUUUACCUUGGUAAUAAAUUCAUAACAUUUUUAUGAUG